AUGGAGACGGUGAGUCCGGGGUUCUCUGUUGCUGCUGUAAGACUAGGAGACAGUUGAUAUUGAGGUGGUAAUACAAGCAACAGGCACUGAACAGCGCUGGAAACUUAUCAGCUUGGGAAUGAGUUAACAGUUAUCAGCUAGGAAACAAUCUACGUGUGGCACUUCUAGCCUUCCCUGUCUUGUUGCUUCUGGUUUCUUACUAAAUUCUUUUUUUGUGUUUUGUCAGUGGGACUCUCCUCUGUUUUUGUUUGUUUGUUUUUUAAAAUUUAUUUAAUCGUUUUUUUGAUGCAAACAACAACCACAAAAGACACUACAACAAAAACCAUAAUAAUAAUAACACAAUUUGACAGUUCAGAUUUAAAUACACCAAUAUACCUUUUAAACAAUAUUUUCCCACCUCUCUCUCCUCCCCCCACUUCCCCCCACUAUCCGCCUUAUCGCUGAAAUAUUCAUUCCAGAUUUCUUCAUAUUUAUCCAUUCUUAAUUUGCGUCGACAUGCAAUUCGUUCACAUGUAGCUAAUCUGUCCAUAUUCUCAAGCCAAGCCAUGUGCUCAAUGGACUCUUUUUCUCUCCUCUGUUAAUGACGAGACCGUAUUAUCAAAAUGCAUGGUGAUUUCCAGCAUAAAUGAAAUGAUGAGUCUCACCGAACUUACAAACAGUGGUUUACCUGUGGGAGAAGCAAGUAUAAUGUGAUUUUAGGGGAUGGUGGUGUGCAAAUGUAGCUUUUCAUGCUCAAACUGCCCAAGGCAGGUAAUUCCCUGUGAGGGGGCCCAGACUCUGAGCUUCUAUUUUAAAAAUAGAAAUCUCUAGCCCACUAGAAGGAAAGUUAUAGAGCAAAAGGUGCAGGUACCAUUCUAAGCAAUUUCUGCAAGGUAAUGUUAGCCUGGCUCCUGCUGCCUUGCAGUGUUUUUAACCAGUGAGUGAAGUCAUUUUUUUAUUAUUAUGUCAUAAAAUUUAUAUACUGUUUGAUUGUAGGAAACUUUAGUGUAGUUUACCCUGCUCUGCCCCUCCUAUGACAAAUGAGAUACAGUGGUACCUCUGGUUAAGUACUUAAUUCGUUCCGGAGGUCCGUACUUAACCUGAAACUGUUCUUAACCUGAAGCAUCACUUUAGCUAAUGGGGCCUCCUGCUGCUGCUGCUGCUGCUGCUGCGCCACUGGAGCCCGAUUUCUGUUCUUAUCCUGAAGCAAAGUUCUUAACCUGAAGCACUAUUUCUGGGUUAGCAGAGUCUGUAACCUGAAGCGUAUGUAACCUGAGGUACCACUGUAUUACCUAUGCUCUUGUCUAUUUGUUUGUUGCUGGCUGCAUCCUUUGGUCCUGUCUUGUAGAAAUUAGAAAGUCUUCUCUACCCAUGACUCAUGGGCUCAAUUUGUUUCCUGGCCAAAGAUUGUAACGGCACUAAUUUUCCCUCUCCUUUCCUCUGUCUCUCCUAAAUCUCACCAUGCUAUCGCUAUGGUUGAAAACCUGUCUGGUUUCCCCUGCCGUAGAAGCUGAUUGCUACCCACCUUCAACUUCUGCACGGAGACACGGUUCUAGUGAAUGGGAGGUGCUGGGAAGAUGCCAAAAGGUAAGCUGAAAAGGCAGGAAGAGUGUUCCUAGGACUGCAGUAGUGAGGAACCCCAGCCUUGGGGCAGGAUGAGACCCUACAUCUCUCUCUGUCUCUGGCCCGCAGACCUGUCUCGGACUGCAUAUUUCCCUGGCCCUGCUCCACACCCUUCCUAAGUAUUUUGGCCUGGCUGGAAUGUGUCCUUGAACUCCGAUAUGCCUCUUGCUUGGAUGGAGAGAGGAGUGGCAAUGUGUAUAGAAAUUAUGUCACUGUAAAAGGUAAAAAUUGCAACCAACGUUUGCCUCUGGCAUGUUGCGUUGACCUGGAAAAGGUUCAUUCCCCUCCCUGCUGUUCUAGUGUGCACAUGAAAUCCUCCUCCUUGCAAUCUGAACUCACUGGAUUAAUUCCCACCCUUUAGAUCAGGCUUCCCCAACCUGGUGCCCUCCAGAACUGAAAUCCCAUCACUCCUGACUGCUGGGUAUGCUGGCUGGGGCUUGUCCCAAAGGCCUGAAGGGCACCAGGUUGCGGAAGAUGCACUUUAACCAACAAAAUACAGUUGGGAUGGCUGAUCUGCCAAUCCUUCAAAACAUGUGCAGGUGGGGAACACAUAGCCUCCUUGACUGCUUACCCUGCUCGGUCCCUUUAUUACAAUAAUAAUAAUUUAUUAUUUAUACCCUGCCCAUCUGGCUGGGCUUCCCCAGCCACUCUGGGCGGCUUCCAACAAAAUAUUAAAAUACAGUAAUGCAUCAAACAUUAAAAGCUUCCCUAAACAGGGCUGCCUUCAGAUGUCUUCUAAAAGUCUGGUGGUAGUUGUUCUCUUUGACACCUGGUGGGAGGGUGUUCCACAGGGCAGGUGCCACCACCAAGAAGGCCCUCUGCCUGGUUCCCUGUAACUUGGCUUCUCGCAGCAAGGGAACCGCCAGAAGGCCCUCGGCACUGGACCUCAGUGUCCGUGUAGAACAAAGGGGGUGGAGACGCUCCUUCAGGUAUACUGUACCGAGGCCGUUUAAGGCUUUAAAGGUCAGCACCAACACUUUGAAUUGUGCUCAGAAACGUACUGGCAGCCAGUGUAGGUCUUUCAAGACCGGUGUUAUGUGGUCUCGGUGGCAUCUCCCAGUCACCAGUCUGGCUGCCGCAUUCUGGAUUAGUUGUAGUUUCCGGGUCACCUUCAAAGGUAGCCCCACGUAGAGCGCAUUGUGGUAGUCCAAGCGGGAGAUAACCAGAGCAUGCACUGCUCUGGUGAGGCAGUCUGCAGGCAGGUAGAGUGUCAGCCUGUGUACCAGAUGGAGCUGGUAGACAGGACCCCACCCUGGACACAACUUUCUGCAAGUUGCUAGCCCUCAUCUGCGGUAGAGGGAUAAGAAUGCCAGCUUACAUUGCAAGAUUGUUGUAAGUCCUGCAUUGCAGGGGGUUGGACUAGAUGAUCCUUUGGGUCCCAACUCUACAAUUCUAUAAGAAGCUAUUUAAGGGUGAAUGUGGGGUUGUGAGGUUGACAUGAGUUAAGUAACUUAAAAGCUACGCAGAAGGAAGGCACAACAAGCAGGGAGUGGGCUCUAUCUUGCCACCGCAGCCAUAUACAUCAGGCGUCAGCAAACGUUUUCAGCAGGGGGCCGGUCCACUGUCCCUCAGACCUUGUGGGGGGCCGGACUAUAUUUUGAGGGGGGGGGGAGAAUGAACGAAUUCCUAUGCCCCACAAAUAACCCAGAGAUGCAUUUUAAAUAAAAGGACACAUUCUACUCAUGUAAAAACACGCUGAUUCCCAGACCGCCCAUGGGCCAGAUUUAGAAGGUGAGUGGGCCGGAUCUGGCCCCCAGGCCUUAGUUUGCCUACCCAUGAUAUACAUUCAACUCCAGGCAGACAAAGACUUCAUUAUUGUCUGCAAUCUAGAACCUUGCUUUAUAGUUAAGAGUUCUCACGAAACCUAAAUCUUUGGGCUGAAGACUUCCUAGCUGCAUAGCCCAUAUAUAUCAAUACCUGGUACUGGGGGCCUGUAUUAGUUGCUCUGCCGGUUUCACUCUGCAUCCUUGCUUCGUAUCUGUUAUCCUCGCCAAGCUUUGUUGUGAAUCUGGGCCAAGACUGUGAAAACGUCGUCCUUCACUUCAACCCCCGCUUUAACUACCGGACCGAUGUGAACGUCAUUGUCUGCAAUUUCAAGAAGCUGGGGAAGUGGGGAAAAGAGGAGAGACUAAACUUCUUCCCUUUUGAGCAAGGCGGCAAAGUUAAGGUGAGAACUUGGCAGAAGUGGGGUGGGUGGGUGGGUGGGUGGUUUCUCUGCAAGUCCUGGUUCCAUUAUGGUGGAGGUAUGCUGGGGGGGGUUUGAACCUGUGGUCCUCCAGGUGACAUUGCGCUCCAAACUCCCAUCAGCCCCAGCCAGCUUGCCCAGUGGUCAGGCACGAUGGGGCCAGCAGUCCAACAGCACUUGGAGUGCCUAAGUACAGAACACCUGGAACCCCACUGUGUGUCGUCUUCUAAGAUUUCACCUUCCCAGCUGUUUUUUAGCCAAGCUGGUGCCUUCCAGGGGUGUUGUCUCAGGCUGAUGGGACUUGUCAUCCGGAAGAUGAGGUUGAUGUAAAGGUAAAGGGACCCCUGUCCAUUAGGUCCAGUCGUGGCUGACUCUGGGGUUGCUGGAAAAGCAAGAAACAGAACAAAACUUAAACUGGCAAUUCCGUAGACCAGGACCAUCCAAUGAAUAUAAGUUAUAGAAGGAUUAGGGUAGACAAAAGGAAGUAUUCACACAACACAUGGUUAAACUAUGGCAUUCUAUACCACCACUUUAGUAAAGGGACCCCUGAACAUUAGGUCCAGUCGUGGCCGACUCUGGGGUUGCGGCGCUCAUCUCGCUUUAUUGGCCGAGGGAGCCGGCGUACAGCUUCUGGGUCGUGUGGCCAGCAUGACUAAGCCGCUUCUGGCAAACCAGAGCAGCACAUGGAAACACCGUUUACCUUGCCACCGGAGCGGUUUAUCUACUUGCCCUUUGACGUGCUUUUGAACUGCUAGGUUGGCAGGAGCAGGGACUGAGCAACGGGAGCUCACCCCAUUGCGGGGAUUCGAACUGCGGCCUUCUGAUCGGCAAGUCCUAGGCUCUGUGGUUUAACCCACAGCGCCACCCACGUCCCUGAGGUUGGUGUAGACUCUGCUAAACUCACAAGUUCACACCAAGUCAACCAACCCUCCUAGGCCAUCCUGCCAGCUGCCCUAACAAUACUUUGGCUUUUGAGGUCCCCUAAUCUAGCUAGAGGGACGCAGGUGGUGCUGUGGUCUAAACCAGAACCAUUCAAAAACCAAGAUGCAGCUUCUGAUUGGCUGCAGGGGCAUCCUGCAGUCAAUUGGAAACUGUGCCAGACGUUCAGCUUCCAAAAAUUGUUCAGAAACCGGAACACGCACUCCCAGGUUUCGAUCGUUUGGGAGCUGAUUUGUUUGGGAGCCCAGGCGUUUCAGAUCCAAGGUAUGGCUGUACAGUCUUUUAAUGUCCAGAGGAGGGCAACCAAAAUGGUCAAAGGCCUGGAAACGAUGCCUUAUGAGGAACGGCUAAGGGAGCUGGGUAUGUUUAGCCUGGGGAAGAGGAGGUUAAGGGGUGAUAUGAUAGCCAUGUUCAAAUAUAUAAAAGGAUGUCACAUAGAGGAGGGAGAAAGGUUGUUUUCUGCUGCUCCAGAGAAGCGGACACGGAGCAAUGGAUCCAAACUACAAGAAAGAAGAUUCCACCUAAACAUUAGGAAGAACUUCCUGACAGUAAGAGCUGUUCGACAGUGGAAUUUGCUGCCAAGGAGUGUGGUGGAGUCUCCUUCUUUGGAGGUCUUUAAGCAGAGGCUUGACAACCAUAUGUCAGGAGUGCUCUGAUGGUGUUUCCUGCUUGGCAGGGGGUUGGACUCGAUGGCCCUUGUGGUCUCUUCCAACUCUAUGAUUCUAUUCUAUGAUUCUAUGAAUGUAUUAACAUGUAGAGUUAAGACAGGUCUGGCUCUUGGGCUUUGGAAGGGCACAAACUCGGCCGCCAUGAAGAGCCCUGGGGUCGAAGCAGCUCAUGAUGCUCUUGCACAAGACCUGGACACUGAAUGGUCAAGUCGGAACGUCUCCAGAAUGACUGCCAUUCUGCCAGAAGUCUUCAAACGCCAUCGGGCUUUGUAAAAAGUGUUUCGUGCCCAACGCCAAUUGUGAUUCCUCCUUCUGCUUCUUUCAGAUCUCCUUCACCUUUCUUUCUUCAGAGAUAAAAGUCUUGGCAGAGGGCCAUGAAUAUACCUUCCCCAACCGUGUGGGCCUGGAUGUCAUCAGCUACAUAGCAGUGCAAGGAGACAUUAACCUCAGAGUCCUCAAACUUGUCCCCCCUCGUCCUGUGGAUGAAUAA